GUCGACAACCACCGAAUCAAUCAACCAUUUCUGCAGGCACUAAUUGUUAUUCUGCAGGCACAUUUGGAUCCUAUUUAUAGACAAGGAGUCCUUAUGGUGCAAGUGGAUACACUCAACCUUCUUGAAAAGGAAGAGUUUUUGGGUGGUAGGGGUGCCAAAAUUCUGCUCUUGAGCUCGGAAGAAAAUCCUACACCCAAGAUAUGAGUUUCGACUCCAUUUUUUAUGGAGGAUUGGUGAUGGCCAAUCAGUCUCCCUUUGGUUUGAUCAUUGGCACCAGAAAGGUCCCUUACAUCUUAUUUGCUCAGACCCAAUGAUUUUGAAUUUUGGUUUAUCCAGACUUGCAACAGUGGCUGACCUUUUCUCGUCGGCGGGACAAGCAUUCAGGACAGUGAUUGAAUCUCGGGAGCAUCCACUCCCUCUCCUCUCCAGUGCACCGGAUCGUCUUAUUUGGACCGAUAGCCCUGAUGGUCUUUUCUCGGUUGCAUCCGCUUGGCAUAUCAUCAGAAGAAGGAAGGAUAGGGUCAGUUGGGCUUCCUUUAUAUGGAACAAAGCUAUCACCCCGAGAUAUCAAUUCAAUCUUUGGCUAAUUAUAAAGAAUCGUCUUCCCACCCAAGCCUUGCUUAUGGCGCAUGGCAGAAUUGGCUAUGAGGUAUGUGCUUUUUGCAAGCUAACACCGAAUUCCAUAGAUCAUCUCUACUUCGGCUGUUGUAUCAUUGCUAGCAUGGCCUUCUCUUAGGCGGCUAAAUGCAAUCUCCCUUGGUGGAACAAGACAUGGGCUGAGAACCUUCAGUGGGCAAUGAGAUUCCUUUAUGGUAAGGAUUUCUACCACUCCAUUGGCCGGUUCUCAUUUGGUGCUCUUUGCCACCUUAUAUGGAAAUAUAGGAACGGCAUACUCUUCAGAGAUCAUUCGGUGGCAGUUGCGGCUGUUAAAAAUCACAUCAUAAAAGUGGUCAAGGAUAAGGCCUUAACGUUCAAAAACGUUGAAGAUAAUCCAAGGAACAAAAGACUCCAGCGCAACUGGGGGAUAGAUCCUUCUAUUUUCUCUCCUCCUCCUCUUGCGGAUCCAUAGCUUCCUUCGAUUGUUUCAGAGACGGCUUGUGGUUGGGUCACGGCAUAUGAUUUCACUCCUUGGAUGCGUGCUACAUGGUACCCCUCCGCUUUCCUCUUCGGCUUCGACUGUGAUACGCUUUGACUGGAAGGUUGCAAGCCCUCUUUGGUGGUCUCUCCUUCUUGGUGCUUUCUUGCGGUCUCUCUUUGUCUCUAAUGGGUUGUUCUGGGGAGGUUUGGAGUUGUUUGGCCCUGUGUGGUCUCCUCCUUCCUCGUUUUCUCCUGCCUGUUGUUUAGGCUGUUGUUCGCUUUGGCCGCUCUUGCGGAGUUCUUUUGCUUUCGGCUCCCUUCCACUCACUUCGACUUGUUGUCUUGCUGAGUGCAAGUUUUGUGGCGCCAAAUUUUGUGUAAAUGUUGGCUCAAAGCUCUAUAAAUUUAUUAUUUCUGACAAAAAAAAAAAACUGUUAUUCUUUCAAGAAAUGAGGACAAAGGUACUGACAAAAUGUUACAGACCAUGUGAUGCAAAAGUUGAUGUCCUGACUGAACAAAUAGUAAUAAAGCCAGUGUCCCCAUGUAUUUAUAUACUGAUCCAGAUGCAGGAUGAUUUUCUUGUGCUUUACUUUUGCCUCACAAAACCAUGAAGUUCACAGUUUCUGAACUUCACUCAGGGAAAAUCCCACCACAGAGCAACACCAGCAGCACCAAGAAGGUGCUGGUGCUUGCCUCGACGCCUGUUCUUCUAGCUGCAAUCCCCCUUUAUUUGUUCAUCACCGGCACGCAUCUUGGUGCCCCGUCAUUUCAGGAGCUGGAGAUUGGCACCAGCAUUUCGAAAGGAAUAGAGCGAGUGGACAGGAGGAGGUGUGAUGUAUUUAGAGGGCAAUGGGUUCGUCACCCGAAUGCCGCGUACUACACCAACGUGACUUGCCCUCUGAUCAUCGAUCAGCACAACUGCCUGAAGUUUGGGAGACCCGACACCGAGUUCCUGAAGUGGCGGUGGAAGCCCGAUGAGUGCGAGCUGCCUCGGUUCCACGCGGGCUGGUUCUUGGAAAUGGCUCGAGGGAAAUUGCUCGCGUUCGUGGGGGAUUCGGUUGGGAUGAAUCAAAUGCAGUCGCUGCUGUGCCUCCUGGCCAAAGUGGAAGUUCCUGAGGAAAUAUCUCACAGAUACUCAAUAGACACAACAUACUUCAAGAGGUGGUACUUCUCAGUUCACAAGUUCACGCUAGCCACCUUCUGGGCUCCAUUCCUGGUGAAGUCCAGAGAUGCAGACCCAGAUAGUCACUCCUUCAACAACAUCAUGAGCCUCUACUUGGACGAGCCCGAUCUAUCUUGGGCUUCCGAGAUUGCAGACUUCGACUUCGUUGUCAUCUCGGCAGGCCAGUGGUUCUUCCGCCCUCUGAUGUACUAUGAAAAGCGCGAGGUCAUCGGUUGCGGCUCUUGCGAGGUGAACAACGUCACCGACCUCACCAGGUUCUACGGUUACCGGAUGGCCUUUCGAACUGCCUUUAGAGAACUCCUGAAUCGAAAGGCCUAUAAGGGCAUGACAUUUUUGAGGACGUUCUCUCCUGCGCACUUUGAGAAUGGCAGGUGGAACACCGGAGGGAGCUGCGCAAGGACGAGGCCGUUUGUGAGUGGAGAGGCCAAGCUCGAGGGGUAAGAUCUGGAGUUCUACUUGACCCAAGUGGAGGAGUUCAGGGCGGCCCAGAGGAAGGGAAUCAAGAGGGGCCUGACGUUUAGGUUGCUGGACACCACCGAGGCGAUGAUCCAGAGACCCGACGGGCACCCCAACCGUUUUGGGCAUUUGGCGCUAAGGAACGAGAUGAUGGCCGAUUGCGUGCACUGGUGCAUGCCGGGUCCUAUCGACUUGUGGAACGAGUUCUUGUUUCACGUUAUGUGGUCGGAGAGUCGAGGAUCUCUUCAUGGGCAGACGCAGAAGAGUGCGUGACGAGCGAAAACCGCAGAUUGGUUGUUCUAGACGUAGCAGAAUUUAUCCAAACAUUUUGUUCUGCAUUCAUCUUAUUUGAAUUAAACAGUUUGGUUCAUGGAAAAGCCAUUGCUUGAAAUAGAACAAACCGCACGGUCUGUCGUGUGAUACUUGACGAGGA